CACCGGGAAAAGUUUAUCUCUAACUAUCACGCUCGACCCAAAGUAGGAAGAAACAGCAGAGAUGGCAACUCAAGCCCAGCAGCCGCCUCACCUGCACCUGGCUGAGCUCACCGCAGCGCAGUUCAUCGACAUCUGGAAGCAUUUUGACGCUGACGGAAACGGUUACAUCGAAGGGAAGGAGCUGGAGAACUUCUUCAAAGAGCUGGAGAUCGCGAGACGAGGAGCAGGAGCAGGCGUGGAUCCUUCACAUGCUGCAUUCAAAGAAAAGAUGAAGGAGUUCAUGGCUAACUUUGACAAGAAUGCUGAUGGGAGAAUUGAGAUGACAGAGCUGGCUCAGCUUCUGCCCACAGAGGAAAACUUCCUGCUUUAUUUCAGAGAGUUUGUGGGAUCCAGCACCGAGUUCAUGGCUGCCUGGCGGAGGUACGACUCUGACCGGAGUGGAUACAUUGAGUCGAAUGAGCUGAAGGGUUUCCUGUCAGACCUGCUGCAGAAGGCCAACAGAAACUACGAUGACAAGAAGCUCAAAGAGUACACACAGACGAUCCUGAGGAUGUUUGAUCUCAAUGGCGAUGGUAAGCUGGGCCUCUCUGAGAUGGCGAGGCUCUUGCCAGUCCAGGAAAAUUUCCUGCUGAAGUUCGAGGGCAUCAGGCUCACGGUGAAAGAAUUUGACUCCCUCUUCACCUUCUAUGACAAGGAUGGUAAUGGGUAUAUUGAUGAGCAGGAGCUGGAUGCUCUGCUGAAGGACCUCUGUGACAAGAACAAAAUGGACGUGGACUCAACAGGACUGGUGGGGUACAAGAAGAGCAUCAUGGCUCUGUCUGACGGAGGGAAACUGUACCGCACUGAGCUGGAGAUCACCCUCUGCCGGGACUCCCAGCUGUGACCUCCCUGCCUGGGACCCUGCAACCCCCCCUCUCUCCCACUGCCUCCUCCGUCCCACCUCCUGAUGUAACCUGGUGCAUGUGUGACCCUUAACCUCGCUCCACCACUUAGAGUGAAAGAAAAACUGCUCUUGAGAGCACAAAGUGUACCGCUGGCCCUGCUGUUUUAGCUUUGAACCCCUCUGAGGUCUUUUCUUGUUUUGAACUUUACAUGCAGUUCAUAGUCAGAUAGCCAUAGCAAUGACUACAAGAAUAUAUUAUGUAUUUAUUUAUUUGACUUCCCGUUGUUUUUAAUAUGCAUUUGUAUUUUUUACAUUCAUCUCAUAUCUAUUUAUGUUCUCCUCCCAAUUAAUUUACAAAAUUAAUUUAUUACA